CUCCCACCCGCCCCCCGCCCCCCUCCCCCCCCCCCCCCCCCCCCUCCCUUCCCCUUUCCCGAGGCAGCGAGCGAGCGAGAGAGCAGAGCAGCGCGGGGCAGGCGGGGAAAACGAUGAAGAUCCAGUGCAACGCGUGCGGGGCGGCGGAGGCGCGGGUGCUCUGCUGCGCCGACGAGGCCGCGCUCUGCGCCGCCUGCGACGAGGAGGUGCACGCCGCCAACAGGCUCGCCGCCAAGCACCAGCGCGUGCCGCUCCUCCCCGACGCCGCGCCCAACGCCGCCGCGCCGCCCAAGUGCGACAUCUGCCAGGAGGCUUCUGGAUACUUCUUCUGCCUGGAGGACCGUGCUCUACUUUGUAGAGAUUGUGAUGUUGCUAUACACACAGUGAAUUCCUUUGUUUCAGCACAUCAAAGGUUCCUGCUGACAGGAGUUCAAGUUGGCCUCGAUCCUGCCGAUCCUGUUCCACCUGUUACUGAAAAGCAUGUUAACACUUCUAGUGGAUCAGUGGAUUCACAACCAAAACACCUGCCAAAGAAAAAUCCUACAGUCCUGGUUUCAGGUGAAAUCGGUGGAUCUAUUCCCAGCCAAAAUGCAAUCAGUGAGGAUUAUUCUAGGCAGAUUUCUGCUCCAAAUACCAAGACCGGAAUGGCCAAUUGGACUAUCGACAACAGUGCACUUAGAUUGGCAGAGCCUCCACCCAAGUACCUGUCAGAUGGAAAUUCAAAACUUAUGCUCUCUGGUCAGACCACCGCAGGUCUAUCCAACCAAAUGAACAGAGAUACUGGCCGAGCUUACAACUUACCUUUCUCAGGCGGUAAUGGGUCAGACAGUUUACCUGAUUGGCCUGUGGACGAAUUCUUCAGUAACUUAGAAUAUGGUCCAAACUUUGGCUUCACUGAGCAUGGUUCUUCCAAGGGUGACAAUGCUAAGCUAGGGAGUGCUGGGGGAUCACCACAGUGCCGCCUAGCUGAAGGCCUGUUUGCAGAAGAUCUGCUUGGCCAGGUACCUGGAUUUGAUGCUGAGGAUCCAUGGGUGGUGCCCGAGGUUCCCUCCCCACCAACAGCCUCGGCUCUGUGCUGGCAAGGGAAUUUGCAUUACCCUGUGUAUGACGGCGCCAUGUUCGUCCCUGAAGCUCCCUCCCUGCAGAGCUCUCAGGACCACUUAACUGCAUCUGCCGGUUUCAAGCGUCGAAGGAGAGAGGUUUGAAUACCCAAAUGAAUAUAGCGUUGGACAUCUCUAUCGAACAGGGGCAUCUUGCUGUUGGGGUCCUGGUAGACCAAAUAGCAUUGAAAAUCAUACAAAUGAAUGGAUUCUUCGCUAGUCGGACAGAAAAAAAAACAUAUGUUGUAAUUGUAUGUUUUUCUUGGUUUUCUUUCUGAAGAUCAUGGUGAUUGAGUUGUGAACUCUGAGAUAACAGGUUUGUGUAUAGUGAAAUAAAGAGGAGCGUCACCAACACCAUGUACUAUAUAGGUUUCAAAAUCCAUCAAGGUGCAUCAGAAAUCAAUGUUGAAUUUGUGUGUUUCGAUCUGCAUGAAGUUUACAUGUCUUGUAACAAA